AUGGACAGCCUAGAGUUUGAUUUGCAUGCCUUGAUUCUUGAUAGUUUAGCGAAUGCUUUGAGUAGACAAGUUGCAUCAACAACUGAAGAUGAGCUUUUUAGAUUAGUUUCAAGGUGUCCUUCGUUAUCUUCAAACGGUAGCUUUGAGGAUGGAACACCCUCUGGAAACGCUGUUGCCAUGACAAAAUCAUGUCAGCAAAGCAUUUCAUCAUUAGCAAUUUUCGCAGCAAACACAACUUCAACAACCCACCUCCUUGAAGUUUUACCACAUUUACUCGAUUAUCUAAAUCAUCUUCCCGACUUUUCCUACGAGGAAACCUUGACAUGGAAAGACUAUUCACUCCCCGAUGAAUUAGCCGGAAACUUGAUAUCUGAAUUGCUAAUUAUUGCGAUUCGAUAUCCCGAUAAGCGAAAUGAGAUCAUUGACUCUGUGUGGACUUUUCUAGAAACUCUGACAGGAUUAUUAAAAAGCAGAAAUGAAAACAUUUGUACAGUAAUACUUCCAUUAUUUAAUGGUUGUAUCCGUGCGAUUCAAACCUCCAAUAUAUCAUGGAAUAUACAAGAUUUCAUGGCGUUUUCAAAGAAAACUCAUGAUUUGGUCCACAAUACUUCAUUAUCAUUUAUUAAUGGGGCAAUCGACUCGCUAUUACAAUCAGCAGACCCCAAAGAAGUUUAUGGGAAGCGACUAUUGCAAAAAUAUCAAUUUAUCGAUUCUCCGUUAUCCGCCAAUUCUCUCAUUUUUGGACUCUUCAUUAUUAAGAGAAAUAUCCUCUCGCGUAUUAUUCUGAUUCUCACUAAUAAUGAUUACGAUAGCGAUGAUAAGUGGAUAACAAUGAUGAGUUUUCCAGACGUAUGGAAUCUUUUGACGAGUAAUCCGAUUGUGAAUGCUGUUACUCUAGAAGAAAACGUGAAGAAAGCCUUAAGGGAGACUUAUAUAAUAGCAUUAGAAUACUUUACGGAGCUAACAAAAUUAACAGAUAAUUUUUUAGCUCAGGGAAAAGAAUAUCCGAUUGGAACGUAUGCACGAGAGAUUAUGGCUGUUUGUCUAAAUUUGGCAGGCGUUGCCAGUAUUUAUCUUCAAGAAAUUGACGAUGAAUUGACAGGAAGGUUGACAUCGUCCUUAUUUAAUGUUCCUCAUACACCAGAUGUCAAAGUUCAGACUGCGGCACUUGAUGUCGCUUGUUUAAUUGCCUUAAAUUUCAGGCAUUUAACGGAUCAGAUGAUCAGGGUAAUGCGUAAAUUCCUUACAACUCCUUCGACUAUUUUCGAAUUAGCUGUUGUCGCUUGUAACGAUCUUACAAUACAACAGUAUGCAAUUGAUCGACUUGCUCAUUGUCUAAAGGCAUCAAAUAAAGAUGCAGAUUCAGUUAUUCACGCGUUUAAUAACAUGCUUAUUGCGAGUGGACAUGAACGUCCGCCUGUAUCUCCGAAUUUAUCAAGUAAUAGUGAUGAAGUCUCUUUGGAUAGCACAUUAAGUGGAUUCUCACGUAACGAAGAACAACGACAUCAAAUAUCUGAGAAUAUUGUGUGUUCUAUUGUCGGGAUAACUUGUGUCUUGCGAAACGAUAAUACUACUAAGUUAGCAGUGUCCUUGCUCAAGCAACGACUUCACUUUGGUAAUCCGUCUCUUGAUGUCCUGAUACUUGAUAAACUGGUGGAGAUUGCGUUAAUAGGUCCGGAACACGUAUUCCUUGAUAUAACCGAGAAAUUUAAUAAGAUUAGCAUUCAAUUCAUAUUUUCACAAGAGAACAAAAUUAUUACAACUGAGGUAUUGAAAUGCCAACUUAAGUUGGCCAAACGAAUCAACGCACGUCCGGAAUUCUACGAGAAAUACAUGACGAAAAUAUUAUCUCUAUUUGUAGAAAAAGGCGUGAAAAUUCAAGAUACAGUAUCAGAAAAUGGAAAAGUAAAGGUUACAUCUUUAGCCGCAGAACUUGGUAUUUUGCUUCCUGUUCUCAAAGCACUAUUGGCUCACAACGACUUUAAAGCCCAUCAAAACCUAUCUGCAGAUUUAGUUGCAAUGUUUCGUAAUGUUUGGUUUCAUUGUGUUCUGUGCGGAUUCGUUUCUGAGACGACUUGGGUACGAGAAUGGCAUGAUUGUUUAGUUGCAAUCGCACAAAAGACUCCGCCCUUAGUGCUUGAAAGUGCGACAAAUUAUCUGUCAAGUGAUUUACAAUAUAAUUCGGUACUGCGUAGGGGAAAGUCUGAUCAGGAUCUCACUUCUUUACGCAAUUCAUUAUGUGCAUUUCUACCUAAUCGUACAUACGAAAUUCGUAACUUUACUUUACCCGAAGUUGUAUUCUUACUUUCUGUGUACCAUAUUGAAACCAUGCGAAGUCAAUUGGGCAAAUGCUCGUUUGUGCUUCGGUAUUUUAUUAAUCAAGGAGUGAAUGAGAGCAAAUUGGCUGGUUGCAUGGAAGAAAUUGGAGAUCAGGCUAUGAAAGUGUUUAUAUCCGAAUGUACUAGAAGAACAAUUGCACACACAAUCGACAGCAAUCUACGUGUUCAAGUGCGAAAUUUGAUGAUUGGUGCUUGUCAUCGUCUUGAAAAAGUGCAUCGUCUCUCAAUCAAAUAUCUUGACCAGUUAAUCACCACACUCCCAUUACUCUUGUGUGAUAAAAAGCUUUUGUUCUUGUUGUUGGAAUUGAUCGAGUUGGUUUGGCAAAGUUGUGAAGCUGAAUAUUCGAACGAGUAUAGUCCUGUAUAUACAUUCAGUUCGCUAAAAGUUGGUGUGACAUUAGAGUUUCCGGAUACUUAUAGUUAUCGGAGAGAAAUGCUUUCCUCAUUAUGCGAAAACGCCAAAAAAUGGCUUACAAAUGCAAUGCUCCUUGCUCCUUUAGACAUCCGCGGGAUUAUAGAAUUUGAUCCAUAUCAAUCAAUGAAUCCUAAUCACAUGGGCCGUUCAAUAGCCCUGGAAAUUGGCAAAUCUUUUUCAAAAAUCGAUUAUCUAUUUGGGACAUUACCUCGUAUUCCUGGUGCAGUUGUUGACAAUCUUUCAGAUUUUAUUAAUGAUUAUUCUUCUCGACGAUACUAUCGCGGACAAAUUGGAGGUUUACAACAUUGGACGGAAGUUGACGCGUUGAAAGAUUCCGAAGGCUCCCACUCGCCGCCCAUCAUGAAUCUCGAUGAUAUUUUGGAGCAAUUUCCAAAAAUAAAAAAGCAAUUGGCUCUUUUAGAGAAACGUGUGAUAUCUGGAACCCGUGUUUCUUUAAAAGAAGUGAAUAAUACUCUGCAUAUAGCAGCCGCAAUCUUAAUUGCUUUGUCAAAGGUGGACGAGGAUCUUAUCCAAUAUGUUGUCUGGAUUCCCGUGUACAUAUUCACGCCCGAAUCUAUGAAAUUAGCUACACAAAUUUGGAGCUGGAUAAUUACAGAAAACGCAGUAUUCGAAAAACGUAUCAUGGUUGAAAUAGUGAAUAGCUGGGUUUGGGCAUUGAGACAUCGUAAAGGACUGUUUUCUAGUGCACUUGACGUAAAAGAUCCGUUUGUCAACAAAAUGUUAUAUGCUCCUUCUGAUAAGAAAACACGAGAUAAAACAUAUCAAAUGUCCAAUUACUUGUUUGGACCUCAUAUAAUCUGGAUCCAAUUCUUAUCUAGCCGAUUUCAGGCUGUUCGAUAUAGAAGUCCCGAAAUUGUUACUCUUUAUCUUCGACUUUUCCAAAUCACCCUUGAUGCUUGCGAUUCUAUGAGUAACCAUGCUUUGUCGAGAGAAGCUCGAUUUGAAAUAUUAUUACUCGGAUUCAAAGUACUACAAUCUAACCGCAUGGAAGCGCUAAUAGAAUAUCAAUUUCGAUCACGUUUAUUUCGAGCGGCUUUUGCUUGGUUUUCUUUACCGCCAAGAUGGUCGUAUGGCGGUAAUAAACGAGCCACGCUAACUGAUUAUAAGUUGCUUCUUGAAUUCUGCCAAGUAGUUGAGGUUGACAAAGUAGAGAUGGACGAGAUAUUUUCUUCAGCACCUAAAAAAAAUACGCAGGCAGCUUUAACUAGUGGUUCUCUAAUUUUUAUUGCCGAUAAGACUCGAGAAGAUAUAAUAAAACAAGCAACACAAUCCAAAAAACUUUUAUUAUUAUUCUUAAAAAGUGAGCUUGGUAGGCUUGCUACAUGGAGUAAUCCUUUAAAUGUCACGGAUCAAAUCAAAGACAUAGUUGUAUUCACCAUGGACAAAACAUUAACAGAUGAAGGAUGGAAGCAAUUAAUACGUCACUCUUGGAAUAUUUCCCCACAACUUGCUGUCCAACUACCUGCGCGUUUUCAACAACCAGUAGUGCAAAAUGAAUUGCAUGCCCUUAUUGCUAAUAAUACCGCUGAAGCUGUUGGUGUGGCAGAAGCUUUGCCUUUAUUGUUGGGCGAAAAAUUAGCGCAAAAUAUCACAUCUCAAUUAAAGUAUUUACUUUAUUGGGCACCAGUACCGCCAAUCACAGCCAUUACAUAUUUUUCCCCUUCAUAUAACAAUCAUCCUAUGGUUUUACAAUAUGCAAUGCGAGCUUUGGAAUAUCAUCCUGUAGAUGUCGUGUUUUUCUAUGUCCCCCAGAUAGUUCAAGCAUUACGAUGCGAUAAUCAAGGUUAUGUUGAAAGAUUUAUAAUGAAUGCUGCUCGAAUAUCGCAACUUUUCGCGCAUCAGAUUAUUUGGAAUAUGAAAGCAAACAUGUUCAAAGACGAAGAUUCAUCCAUUCCAGAUACUUUAAAACCGACUCUCGACCGUAUAAUUAAUAACAUAGUGGACUCUUUAUCUGGAGAAGACAAAGAGUUCUUUGAGCGAGAGUUUACAUUCUUUAAUAAUGUCACUUCGAUAUCAGGGAAGCUUAAACCUUAUAUUAAAAAGUCUAAAGAAGAGAAAAAGCAAAAGAUCGACGAAGAGAUGAGAAAAAUCAAAGUAGACGUUGGUGUCUAUUUGCCUAGUAAUCCGGAAGGAAUUGUCAUCGAUAUCGAUUACGAUUCUGGCCGUCCUCUGCAAAGUCAUGCAAAAGCACCGUUUAUGGCAACUUUUAAAAUUCGAAAAACGAAAAACGAUUCGGAAGAAAUCAAAGAAUCUCUGAUUACAAAAGGAGAUACAGAGGGACCUUACAAUUCAAAGGGCGAAAAAACUAUUGAUGUUUGUCAAUCAGCAAUUUUCAAGGUUGGUGAUGAUUGUCGACAGGACGUGUUGGCGUUACAGUUGAUUGCUAUCUUCAAGAAUAUAUUUAUGAGUGUUGGACUAGAUUUGUAUCUCUUCCCGUAUCGAAUUGUCGCCACUGCACCGGGAUGCGGUGUAAUUGACGUAAUCCCAAAUUCAAUAUCUCGGGAUCAAUUGGGACGAGAAAAAGUUAAUAGUCUUUAUGACUAUUUUUUGACUACUCAUGGAGGAUUAGAUUCGAUUAAAUUUCAAAAAGCUAGAAAUUGUUUUAUACAGAGUGUUGCCGCUUAUUCCGUCGUGUCGUAUCUUUUACAAUUCAAAGAUAGACACAAUGGCAAUAUCAUGUUAGAUGACGAAGGACAUAUUAUUCAUAUCGAUUUCGGAUAUAUCCUUGAAAUUGCACCAGGCGGUAUCACAUUUGAAAGUUCACCAUUCAAGCUCACCACCGAAAUGAUCCAAGUUAUGGGUGGUAGUGCAGAUGUGCAACCAUUCAAAUGGUUUUCCGAACUUUGCAUUAAGGCUUAUUUAGCAUCAAGGUCACACGCAGAACAAAUUAUUCAAUGUGUUGCAUUGAUGCUUGGAUCAGGUCUUCCGUGUUUCAAAGGAGAAAGAACGCUAAAGAAUUUACGUGCGCGUUUUCAACUUGACAAAACGGAACGAGGCGCAGCUGAUUUUAUGAUUGAACGAAUUAAUCAGUCGUAUGAGAAUAGAAGGACUGUGUGGUACGAUAGUUUCCAAAAGGCAACGAAUG